GGUUUUGGUUUUUUUGCGUUUUAUGAAAAAUGACCUUGCGCAAGAUGACUUUCCUCUAUACCUGAGGUUUUUUUGUUUGUUUUUAAUGAAAAAAGGGAGUCAUUUUCGGGGCUAAAGGCAUCGGAAACCCUAGGGUGCCAGGCGUUGGAAGGUGGAGUAGGCACGCCCUGAAAGCUCCAUGCUGCGGUAGCUCUUGGGAAGACAGAGCCGCUUAGCUCAGCGAAAAAUGGGGAGAAAUGUAGCACCCUGCUCUGCUACAUUUGGUGACCACUAACAGCUGGCCCUUUGGUGACCACUAAGCUGCUGCUCCCCCCGAUAUCUCAGAAAAAAGGGGGUUCCCUUCUUGCUGUACCUCAGAAAAAAGAAGGGGACUGCCUUCUUGCUAUUUUCUUGGGAGUUUUCUAAUGAUGUUUAGAAAGAGAAACAAACAAUUGCAGCAAGGGCUUUGCAGGAUAGAGAUGUAAUUGGAGGGUAUAUUCAAAGAAUAAACGGAAUGGUUUAGAGAAGCUGAUAUCUGGGAUCUGUGAAGUGGAAGUCUUCGUCCAUGUAAGAGAUCUGGACCUCAGAGCACCGUUGAAGACUGUGAUCUCAUCAGAGAACUAUGAGGCGAGAUACCUGUUAGAAUUUCAGAGUCUUUCCAGCCUGCCUUUAGACACUUUGCUGAAGUCAGUGGUGUUUCAAUCCACUGAUUUCAUUAGGUGGCUGCCAUUGCAAAUUUUCAAGAGCCUUAGAGCUGAAAAAAUGGGGGAAAAGGGGAUUCAUGGGAGAAAACUGGAUGGGCUCAAAUCAGAGUGGCAUGUUUCUUCUCGGGGUUAACUCACGUGUUAGAUACUAAGUGUCUACCAAAUCAGGAGCUAGGGAUACAAAAAUUAUUAUAAAUUAGCUCCCUGGUCCCCAGGCUCUUGCAAUUUGGUGAGAAGUGUAUAAACAGAGUGGUAAGCACUGUAAUAGAGGACAUGUGAUAGAAAGGUCAUCAUUGUAAAUUCACAUAAGAUUCAACAUCUCUCAAUCACCUUCUAAAUGAAAAUAUCGAAUUGCGUAAGACUCUCUACCCACUUAAAAUAGAAUGUUUUACGUUUUAGGGCAUGAUCACAAUAAAAGUUAUUUUGUGGUAGUGAGAGAGUUCGGAAUUUAGAAUCAGAGGACAUGUUUCAAUCUGUCUCUUACAUUAACUGUAGGAACUUAGCCACGUCAUUUAACUUCGCGGAGUUUCAAUUUCUUCUGUAAAAUUCACUUCUGCCUAUUUGAUUAUUGUGGUCAGAAUGAAGUGAGGCAGCGAAUGCAAAAGGCCUUCCUACAUUAUACAUAUGUCAAAUUGUUACUAUCUUUUAAGUAUGAGAUAACGAAACAAAUGAUUUUAGCAUCCUUUCUUCACUCCUUGAAAGACCUCGGUAAGCCUUAAGUUGGUUAGCAAAAUGGUUCUCGCUUUUGGCCUAGGGACCUUUGCUUUAGGAAAAUGACCUCAAAAUGUCCAUCAGGGCUGUAUUCUCAGGGAGGAAAUGCCAUGACUUCUACUAAACAAGCCAAAUCAAAAGGAAAUGAACUGCCGUUGCAGUGAGGAGUCCUCAAGCGCCACGCCUGUGGGCUGUUCUCCAAACUGCAGCCUCCGGCCACGAUUGCAACCCAUUUUCAUUUCUCAUGAGUCAGCAGCCACCAUGUCUGGGAAGACCUAGGAAGGGCGCUCUGGCCGCACUAGAUGCAUCAAGAGACUAUGAUCAUGGAGGACACACAGGCUAUUAGUUGGGAGGUUGAAGAAGAGGAGGAGACAGAGAGACCCAAUGAAUCUUUGGGGCAUAGCUUGGAGCCCCUAGGGCGACUACAUAUCUUCAGUAGUGCCCAUGGACCAGAAAAAGAUUUCCCACUCUACCUCGGAAAGAAUGUGGUAGGCCGAAUGCCUGAUUGCUCUGUGGCUCUGCCCUUUCCAUCCAUCUCCAAACAACAUGCAGUGAUUGAAAUCUUGGCCUGGGACAAGGCACCUGUCCUCCGGGAUUGUGGGAGCCUCAAUGGUACUCAAAUCCUGAGGCCUCCUAAGGUCCUGAGCCCUGGCAUGAGUCAUCGUCUGAGGGACCAGGAGUUGGUUCUAUUUGCUGACUUGCCCUGCCAGUACCAUCGCCUGAAUGUCCCCUUGCCCUUUGUCUCCCGGGGCCCUCUAACUGUAGAGGAGACACCCAGGGUACAGGGAAGAACUCAACCACAGGGGCUCCUGUUGGCUGAGGACUCAGAAGAGGAAGUAGAUUCUCUUUCUGAAAGGUGUGUAGUGAAAGAAUCAAGGACCACGUCCUCCCCUGUGGCAACAGUAAUUCCAGAGAGUGAUGAAGAGGGGCCUUCCCUUGCCCCAGAUGGCCCGGGGCCACCUUUUGCCUUCAACUUGGAUAGUGACACAGAUGAGGAAGAAAAUCAGCAACCAGCAGCAGGGGAGGCUUCCUCAGCUGCCACAAGAGAUGCCACUGCAAAGACAGAACAACCGAAAGCUGUCGUAACUGAAAUCCAGCUUGAAAAGAAUCAGUGUUCAGUGAAGGAGAGGAACAAUGACACAAAAAUCGAGAGCGAUGCGAGGAAUGGAGUGGUUCCAAUUGGAGUGAUUCUGGAGAGGAGCCAACCUGCUGGGGAGGACAGUGAAACAGAUGUGGAUGAUGAGAGCAGGCCUCCAGGAAGGCCAGUUGACCUCCAUCUGGAAAGGACCCAGCCUUCUGGCUUCAUAGACAGUGAUACUGACCUGGAAGAAGAGGGGGUUCCUGCAACCCCAGCUGUAGAUCCUAUGAAGAAGAGGCAAAUCCUCCAUGGAGUUAGUACAAACAGUCCUGGGGGACUUGACUUGGCACAUCUUCAGGAGACCCUAGCUGAUAGUGAUACAGAUGUGGAGAAGGGUGAGGCCUCACUGAUGGUCCCUCUGGAGAGAAGCCAGGCCUCUAUGGUGAUUGACAGCAAUACAGAUGACGAGGAAGAAGUCUCAGCAGCACUCACUUUGGCAUGUCUGAAAGAGAGCCGAGCUGCUGUGUGGAACAGAGAUACCGAUGUGGAAGAGGACAGGACACAACCUGUGGCCAUUCUAGAGCAAAGCCAAACUUCCUCUGGGAAAGACAGCGACACAGAUGUGGAGGAGGAGGGGUUCCUAGUGGAAAAGAGAGAAUCUGUCCCUAAGGGUCACGCAGACAAAGCACAUUCAGAAAAGAGCCAACCUCCUUUUGGUGACAGUGAUAUAGAGGUGGAGAAAGAUAAGAGCUCACCUGGAGUCCACCUGGAGAGAAACCAAGCCUCUGCCACAAUGGGCAUCAACACACAAGUGGAAGAGGAAGUCCCACCAGGGCCAGCUAUUACACUUCAGGAGAAGCAUCAGAUGCCUGUGGUACGGACAAAUCGAACAAAUAUGGAAGCAGAAGGGGGCCCAGCAAAGUUGCCUGUGGUACAUCUAGAGGAAGCCCAACCUCCUCCAGGUGGGGACUAUGAAACAGAUGCUGAGGAGGGUGUAUCCUUAGCAGCUUUAGCAGUGGCAGAUGAAAGAAAAAGCCAGCUUCCAGCAGAAAGGGAAGCAGAAUGUGCUUUAGCUGUUCUUGAGCAGGAGAGAGCUCUUGAGGCGGGGGCUCAGGGUGGGUCACCUGUAGCACAAGUGGAGCAGGACCCUCUCCCUGUCUCACAAGAGAACCUAACAGAUUUGGUAGUAGACACAGGUACUCCAGGGGAGCCCACCCAGCCACAGAGAAAGGGAGCCCAGCCUCUCACAGAAAGUGGAAGAGAACCACAUAUGGACAAGACCAAAGACUCUAGAGACAACAAUGAUGAUUCUGAAGAUCUGGACCUACAAGCUACCCAGUGUUUUGUGGAGAGAGAGAAUCAGAACCUGGAAGGUGCCCUGGAUGAGCCAUGGGAGGUCUUGGCUACACAGCCCUUCUGUCCAAGAGAGUCUGAGGCCUCUGAAACCCAGCCCAUUGCUGCCCACCUUGAGGCCCAUGGAUCUUGCCCUUCUCCAUCUAGAGCAAUGCGACGAGACCAACAUCCAGAAAGCCCAGUUCAUGCAGAACCAUUGGAGAGUCAAGGCAGAGGGAUGCAAACUGUGGAGAGAGGCAUGGGUAUACCAAGAGAAACAGCAGAGAGGGUGACCCCCAAGAGGGGGCCAUUGGGGCGGGAAACCAAGAAACUGCCACCAGAAGGAAAGAGAGAAGAUGUGAUGGGAGAGGAAGAAUUAACCAGAGUGUUUCAGGACAGAGAACAAAAGCAAGUGUUAGCUAGAGCCACUCAGAAACAAGAAUCUGAUAAAAUGGUGAAACGUACAAGUAUGGAAAAGGAUCCGAAGAGUUUAAAGGUAGAAAAUGAGACAUCCAAGGAACUACAAGAGAAAAAGGUAGUAGAGCAGACUCUUGGAAGAGAGAUAUUUGAGAGAAAAGCGGAGAAACUAGCACCAGAGAGAGAGAGUGAGCCAGGUGAGUUAGAGGUCUGCAUACCCAAAGCGAUACUGGACAGAGGCGCACAGAAAGAGGAGAUAGAAAGAGAGAGCCAGGACCAGAAAGGACAGGCCUCCAGUUCGACACCAGAACCUGAAGUAGGGGCAGGGAACCUUCAGGGACUAGCUUCAGCCCUGAUAGCUUCCAGGAGCCAGUCAGGUGGAGAAAGGGGAGCCCCAAUGAGCCCGAAGAGGCAGCAGAGAGGUCACUUGAAUUGCAAGAUACCACCUGCUGAGGAGCCUUCUAGGGGUGAUCCAGAAUCCUUAGAUGCUUAUCUGCCUCCGACAGUACCUGAAGCUUCAUCCCCACUUGAAACCCCCCUUAUCUCUCAGAGCCAAAAACAUCCUGCACCUCAGCUCCUUUCUCCCUUUCCACCCUCUUUAGAGCCUCCCAUUGCUAUGACCAGGCAAAAUGGGAGUCAGGAAGCUCUAGAGACUCCCUUGUCCUCAGAGCUGGCCCCUCUUCAUGCAGAACCCAAAGCCAGGCUCUGGGGGUCCUCCAGGAUGACAUCUCCAGUUUCUUCUCUAGCUGUGGAGCCCCACCUUACCUCCUCCAUAGACCAUCCCGUCAGCCCUAAGCCCACAUCUUGGGCCACUCGAAUCAGGACACGUAGGUUCUCUGAAAUGACUCCUGCACCAGUUGUCCCUACGGCCCCUGAGCUUCAAUCUUCCACCUCCAAAGACCAGCCUGUAACCCCCAAACCCACAUCUCGGGUUACUCGGAGCAGAACACGUAGGUCUUCUGUCAAGACUCCUGCACCAGUUGUCCCCACAGGCCCUGAGUUCCAGCCUUCCAUCUCCACAGACCAGCCCAUUACCCCCAAGCCCACAUAUCGGGCCACUCGGGGCAGGACACAUAGGUCCUCUGUCAAGACCCCUGAACCAAGUGUCCCCUCAGCUCCUGAGCUCCAGCUUUUCAUUUCCACAAACCAGCCUGUCACCCCCAAACCCACAUCUCGGGGCAGGACACAUAGGUCCUCUGUCAAGACCCCUGAACCAAUUAUCCCGUCAGCCCCUGAGCUACAGCAUUCCACUUCCAUGGACCAGCCUGUCUCCUCUAGACCCACAUCUCGGGCUACUCGGGGCAGGACACACAGGUCCUCUGUCAAGACCCCCCAAUCAAUUGUCCUCACAGCCCCUGAGCUCCAGUCUUCUACCUCCAAAGGUCAGUCUGUCACCACUGAGCUCAUAUCUGGGGCCACUUGGGGCAGGGCACAUAGAUCUUUUGUCAAGAUCCCUGAACCAGUUGUCCCCAUAGUCCCUGAACUCCAGCCUUCUACCCCUACAGACCACCCUGUCAUCCCCAAACCCAUAUCUCAGGGCAGGACUCCUAGGUCCUCUGUUAAGACCCCUGAAUCAAUGGUUCCCACAGCCCCUGAGCUCCAGCCUUCCACCAAACACCAGCCUGUUGCCCUUGAGCCCACAUCUCGGGCCACUCGGGGCAGGACACGUAGGUCCUCUGUCAAGACCCAUCAACUAGAGUCCACAGCCCUUGACCUUGAAUCUCUCAACCCCACUGACCAGCCUGUCACCCGCAAAGCCAUAGCUCAGGGUGCUCAGAGCAGGACACUAAGGUCUACAACAAGUUCUGUGCUGGUUUCUACCAAACUUGAAUUCCAGUCUCCCACAGACCAGCCUAUUCCCCCUGAACUCAUUCCUCAAGGCAAUUACAGCGGGAGGCCAAGGGCCACUAGGAAGCGUGGGUCCCUUUCAGUUCCCAUAAUUCAUGAACCUUGCUCUGCACCCCCUGAACCUAACUCCCGGUCCUCAAGGAACCAAAGGCGAGGAGCAGUGAAAGCAGCUGAGUCCCGUAGGACCAUUCCUGCGCCUGCCUUUGCCCAGAUUCCUGAGGCACCCACUCAUGCUCCUCAGAUCCAAAAGGCAGAGGAAGCAGGUAGAUACGGGUUCACCCCAGAGCCCCAGCCUAAGGCCUCUCAAAACCACAAGAGGCCUUUAGGUACUGCGGAUUUACCCCCACUUCAAAAACGGCUCCAAAGAGGGGAAGUCUCCCAGAAGACAGCAUUCCUCAAGGAAAAGGAAGACCCUGCAGAGAGGCCAGGGAAGGAAGAGGAUGUAGUGAUUACAGGACCAGGAAAAAGAAAGAGAGACCAGACCGAGGAGGAGCCCAAGGGAAUGCCAGGCCGCAGCCUCCGACGGACCAAACUUAACGAGUCCACAGCCCCCAAAGUGCUCUUCACAGGAGUGGUGGAUGCCCGGGGAGAGCGGGCAGUGCUGGCCCUGGGGGGAAGUCUGGCCAGCUCAGUGGCAGAGGCAUCCCACCUGGUGACUGAUCGAAUCCGCAGGACUGUCAAGUUUCUGUGUGCCCUGGGGCGGGGCAUCCCUAUCCUUUCCCUGGACUGGCUGCACCAGUCCCGCAAGGCUGGUUGCUUCUUGCCCCCGGAUGAAUAUGUGGUGACUGAUCCUGAGCAGGAGAAGAACUUUGGCUUCAGCCUUCGAGAUGCCCUGAGCCGGGCCCAGAAGCGAAGGCUGCUGGAGGGCUAUGAGAUUCAUGUGACCCCUGGAGUUCAGCCACCUCCACUUCAGAUGGGAGAAAUCAUCAGCUGCUGUGGAGGCACUGUCCUAUCCAGCAUGCCCCGGUCCUAUAAGCCUCAGAGAGUUGUGAUCACAUGCUCCCAGGACUUUCCUCGAUGCUCCAUUCCAUUUCGGGUUGGCCUGCCCAUCCUUUCACCUGAGUUCCUGCUAACAGGAGUGCUGAAACAGGAAGCCAAGCCAGAGGCCUUUGUUCUCUCCACUUUGGAAAUGUCAUCCACCUAAAAACUCUACCCCAGUACCCUUUUCCCUCCCAGACCAUUAAAUGAAGUGUUAGAAAAUAUUUGGAAGAAAGAACUUAGGGCUUUAGAAAGGAAUGGGGUAUAUUAAUCUGAUUUGUCUUAAAACAUGGGUGGGGCCGAAAAGGCUUAGGGGAAAACAAAGUUAGGGAGCUUGGGAGCAACAGAUUUUUUUAAAUGGCCAUUUAAAGUUGGCUGAUCUUUUGUUGAGAUAUCUUAAGUAGUUCUAUCUUUAGCUGGACUGAUGUAUUUAUUGCUGGGACUGAUGUACUUAUUGCUCAGUGGCACAGUGUCCUGCCUCCCAUUUGAAAGCCAUCUCUCUUCUUUUCUUUCUGGGAUUCUUAUCCUCUGAAAGAUAGUGGAAACAAUUUUGGUAUCAGGAACUUGAAGGGAUGCUUGAAUUAUGAGGGUGGAGUUAUGAAAUGCUACUAAAAUAUUUUCCUCUCUCCUGGCCCCAUCGUGUUAGAAGCGUCCUGUAGCUUUGAAUUUGAGCAAGUCUCUGCACUUUUCUGGCCUGCUUUUCCAGUAUUUAUAAAUUGGAGUUUAGGCGUAACCUCUAUGAUAAAUAAAUAUUCAAUCUGUGCCUUA